AUGGCCGACGCAGGCCAGCUCGCCCAUCAGAGGGUCCCCGUGCUUGAAAAGCGAUCUCCAUAUCGUCUUCUAAUGGACUACGCCAACAAUAGCAGCGCGGAUUUCCAUAACGUGUCGGCGUCCAAUACCAAUAUCCCUAGGCCCAUUAUAGAUGCAUUCAAAGCAUCUAACUGGAACGCCCUGAGCCUUCUAUCAGGCCAGGAUUACACGAUGAUACUCUCGAUGCAGCAAGAUCAGGCGGAAGGAGGAAGAACCAUAAGUUGGCUUUUGCACAAGGCCUUGGUGCGUCCACAAUCCUCGUUCAUAUCGGAGCAGUUGCAGCGUGUCGAGACCCCACAUCAGCCCUUUAAUGGAGUCAGCCUCAGCACCAACGAGAACGGGAUCCCGGUAAUCACUCUUUCGCGCGCCAUUCCAUGGGCAUUGACCACACUGGCUCUGGACCGAGUGAUCGAAUUCCUCUACACGGAGAUUUAUUUUGUCGGCAUGCCCACGGUUGUAUACUUCGCUUGA